AUGGUUAUUCAGAAUGGUCCGCACAACUGGCCAAAUGCGGAUGGUCUUCUACAAUCCCCAAUUGAUAUCAACCAAGAUAUCGUGAAAAAUGCUCCCGAGUGCGAACCAAUGAAAUUUGUCAACUAUCAUCGAGUAUUCGACGGCGAAAUAGUAAACAAUGGCCAUUCAAGAACAAACCGCGGUCAAGUUUUGAGAGAUAGAUUUAUUGACUACGACCACCUCAAACUUGGGUAA